AUGGACAAGAAUUUGAGUCGGUCUGGGUUGAAGACUCCUUCCACUCAACAACAACAUGCACACAAGAUGCAUCUUUUGGCACGUCAUCUUUUUCAUCAUCUUGUUCUUCAUCUUUUUCUUCUCCUUUUGCUUUUAAUUUUACUUUUCACACACUUCUCCAUAUGGAGCAAGAUCCAUUCAUCGCCCCAACAUGUUGAUUCCUUUCAACAAGUAGUGCAAGCUUCCAAAUUGACUUCAUUUCCAAAACCUCUUUAUAACAUUUCCACUUGGGUUGGUGGUGGCUCCAAUUUCAAUUUUGCCAUCAACUCGUAUGGAGAUUCCACCAAUCGAGUCGAUGCCAUGUAUUCCUGUCUUCAAUAUCCAAAAAGUUUGUCUCUCAAUUCCAAUCAUAGCAUCUUGUAUGUGGCUGCAACCUAUGACCACAUGAUUCGAAAAAUUUCAAAACAUCCUUCCAAUCCGAAUAUGAAUUUAAUUUCAACAGUGGCUGGCGUGGGAGUGGAUGGAUUUUCGGAUGAUUCAUUUCUGGCGAAGAAUGCAAAAUUGAGUCGACCCACACAUGCCAUUGAACAUCCAGUGAAUUCAGAUGUCAUCAUUUCCGAUUCGGGAAAUCAUUUUUCUGGAUAUGAUGGAGAUAGUGGAUUGGCUCUCAAUGCCAAGUUCAAUAAUAGCAUGUAUUUGGCGAUUACUAAAAAUGGUAGUUGGUUAUACGUUGCAGAUACAUUCAAUGGUCGAGUAAGAAGAGUGAAUAUACCAGAAGGAACCAUUGAAACAAUUGCUGGAAAUCCUACUGGACAAAAUGGAGAUUGUCCUGUGGCCAUCGAUUGCCUUUUGGAUCAACCACAAGAAAGUGCUUCGAACAGAAUUCGAAUUCUUUCAUUGACAACGAGUCCCAUGUCAUUGACAUCACUCCAACUUGGAGGAGGAGUUUUGAAUUUUCCAACUCAAAUUGCUCUCCAUGAAAAUCAACAAGCUCUCUAUAUUUUGGAUCAUAAUGCGAAACAAGUGAAAAAGGUGAGUCCUCUUGGUGCAAGUUCAGUGUUGCAGCUAGUUUAUGGGAGUGAAUAUUUUGAACAACCGGGAGGACUGGCUGUGAAUUCUGAUUUAGGACAUGUCUAUGUUUCUGACGUUUCGUCCAAUCUUGUGAAAUUAUUUUCGAACGGUGAUCCAAAGAUUGUGGCUGGAAAAUGUCAACGAACUGAAUUCAUUGGAGAUAAUGUCAAUGGUACAGAAGUAGAAUUGGUACGACCUUCUGCUCUUGCAUUUGAUUCCAUUUCUGGAGAAUUAUAUAUUGCAGACACUGACAAUCAUGUCAUUCGAAAAUUACAAAACAAUGGAAUCAUAGUGACACUUGCUGGAAAUACCCAACCUGGAAAUUUCAAUACAACUAUGGUUGUCAUGGCCAAUUCUACACGUCUUGAUGCUGUCGCUUACAUGUAUCCAAGUGUCGAUGUUCAAACAGGAAAAGUCUCGUCAUUGUACAUGUCUGACAGUGGUCAAUCGGUCAUUAUGAAAUGGAAUUUGAUGGAUGGAACCAUUGUUGGAGUUGCUGGUACGAAACUAAUCUCUGCAGAUUCUGGAGAUGGAGGUUUGGCCAUUCAUGCCUUGGUGAGUCCAAAAAGUCUGUUGGUUGUGAAUUCGAAUUUUUCAACAAAUGCUUCAGCACAACAACAAGCAAUGAAGAAUCAAGUCCGUCAUGGAAUGAUCCAUACAGAACUCGCUCUCGAAAAUACCAUUUACAAAAACACCAUUGGAGAAGUCUAUUUUGUGAAUUCCUAUUCAAAUACCAUUCGAAAAAUUCUGACCAAUGGAACCAUUGUCCGAGUGGCUGGACUUGCUCAACAAAAUGUCAUUUUGAAUGCUGGAGAUGGUGGAUUGGCAUUGGAGGCGACCAUGUCUCCUCAAGCCAUCACAUUUGAUUUGGAAGGAAAUUUAUUGGUUUCAAGUCGAGGAAUGAUUCGAAAAAUUUUCAUUCAUAACGGAACCAUUGUUGGAGUGGCAGGACAAAAUGGAAAUUAUGGAUUUUCAGGGGAUGAAGGAUUGGCUCUGAAUGCACAAUUUUCUUCGAAUAUCCCUUCACUAAGUGGAAUGGUGACCACUGUGGCAGGAAACGGCUCCUCCAGCUUUUCAUCCAUUGGAGAAUAUGAACCAUCGAAUGCUUUGACUAGAUACGUAGGUCCAUUGUCCAUCAUUGGAGGAGACAAUAAUUCUCUCUAUUUAGUUGAAAAUAAUGCAAAACGAGUUCGAAAAUUAAUUCAAUAUUGUCAAGAAGGAUGGACAGGAAGUGAUUGCUCCAUUCUUCAACUGAAAAAGCUAAGGGCCUAUUUUGAAACAAGUAUGGCAUUUACUGGCUUGACAAUUUCCUUAAUGAUCAAAAUUGAAGAUGAAGAUUUCAAAUAUUAUGCUCCAGAAACCAUUACCUAUUCUGUUUCAUUAUUUAAGGAACCAAUGAUACAAAAGAGUGAUCUCGUGGUAUCUUCCAAUUUCUCGUUGAAAGACUCGUUCCAAUAUAAAUUCGAGUCGAAUGGUAAUUAUUCUGCAGAAGUGAAAGUCAUGUUUGAGAGAAAUGUUUUGGGAAGUGUGAAAAGUCUCAACAAAUUGCAAGUGGUGAAUUAUGAAGAGCUCAUGUCAGAGAACUCGAUGAAGGAUAUUCCCGUGAAAGAAGUGGCUUCUCUUGCCUUAAAUCCAGAAAUGUAUUCGAAUGCAUCCACAAUGGUGAACACCUUGUCAGUUUUGACACGUGUUUUGACAAGUAGCUCAGUAAGAAAUUCUUCGGACCUGUCAGAGACUUUGACAGUUGUCAAUGCUUUGGGUGCCAUUUCAUCGAAUAGGGAAGAAUUUUUACCAACGACAGUGAUGAGUAGUAUUUCAUCGUUUUUGAGCAAUGUUUCAAGUGAAAUUGUGGUCAUAAGCCAAGGAAUGACAAGUGACAGCUCAAAUGGACAAUUAUCGACUGUGGAAUCUACAGCAAAGAAUAUUCUCACUGAGGAUUUUUAA